UUAACCUAUAUUAUUUUGACAUGACAUUUGAUCGUUUCGUUAACAAUUUACAUGUCAAAAAUCGAAUUUUAAUUCAAUAGUAUAAAUAAAAAAGAGAUUUUCAAGAUUAACACCCCUACUGGAUUCACUAACAACAAUAGAAGGUGCUGGAAAAGCGAUGAAAUUCCCUCAAGUAAUGAUAUAAGAACGAACAUAACCUCAAUUCGUAGACACCAAAAUGUGGAAGUUUUCCCGAAAAGCAUACUCAAACGCAAUAUUCGUAACUAACGAAUGGAAGGAAGCGGCUCAAAGGUUCAACAGGAAAAUCAAGGGCACGUUUAUGGAAAAAUGGGUGAUUUAUUGGAAACAACUCGCCAGGGAUUAUUCGGAUGUUGCGGUCAAUCUCAAGACAGAAAUGCAAAGAAAACCGUUAAAAUCUGCUGUCUAUAUAACAGGAUUAUCUACAGUAUGUUAUUGUAUCGGCCACAAUCCAGAUAUGCGAACAUUUAGAGCGAAAUACGUAGAAUGUGCUAAUGAACUGGCAUUAGUUAAUCGGAGUUUAGCCAAUUCUGUGGCUGUUGAUCAUUUGAAAUACAUCGAGAAAUGUUACAACUCGAACCUCAUACGAUACGCAAACCUUGGUAUUCUAUCAAUUAUAUGGGUGGAUAACUACAGUGAAGACUGUGAUACGUAUGAAUGCAAAUGCUCGUACUUGCAAGUUCCCUAUAGACGAUUUACCGAAAGAAUUUUAGACGUGGGAUUUUUGAAUACGUGGUGGGUUAUUUCUAGAAAAAUGUUGGAUUAUGAUAUCAAUUUCUAGCGUUGAAAUUACAGUUGUAUCGAACUCAAUCCGAAGUAACUUAUAAUAAACAUUCAGUAAAAAUGUUAUGUUUAAAUUUAUUUUAUUAUAAAAUAAAAACUC